AUGGGCGACGGGACCGAUUACCCAAGUCCACGAAGCGAAGAUACAGGCGGACCUACCACGAUUCUUGUUCCUCCCCCUUCUCGAAACAUCCUCCCUACCUCUCCCAAGAUGACCGACCAGAUGGCCUCUGGGUUUGUGGACGCGGCGCGUCCUCGCCUGUCGCUCAGGAGAGCGCGCGACCCUCCCAAAAAUGCCACCGGCCAGAUCUUCUGCGAUCAUGCUGACUGCCAGCCCUCGCCUCCAACCUUUCGUCGCCCAUGUGAAUGGAAUAAACACAUGGAUAAACAUGAUCGACCCUACAAAUGCAUGGAACCCGGCUGCGACAAGGUGCAAGGCUUUACCUACUCCGGCGGUCUUCUGAGACACCAGCGCGAAGUCCACAAGAAAAACGUCAGUGCAAAGAAACCUCUCAUGUGCCCGUAUGCCGAUUGCAACCGCAGCACCGGACACGGCUUCACGCGUCAGGAAAACCUGAAGGAGCAUCUUCGGCGUCGCCAUAUGCACAGUGAGAAUGGCGCCUCGCCCGAACUCCCCGUCGUUCCCACCGCCGAGUUGGAAAUCCUUACCUCGUCCUCGUCACUGCCCAGACCUGCGCCGCCCCUGAAACGCAAACGUGAUUCCACCGACGAAACGUCGAACGGAUCGAUACUAGACGAAGAGGAAGCCGGUGUCGAUCUGCGCAGCGAGGUCAAGCGGCUCCGCAAUGAAGUCAAGGAGAAGGACCGCCGGCUCGAGGAACUAGAGAAGACCGUUGCUGGUCUGCAGCAGGCGCUUUCACAACCGACUCCUGCCGCUUGA